AUGGCUUGUCUAGUAGCAAAAAGGUUUGGAUCUUGUUACAAUUUCCCUGUUGAGAUCCAGUGCACAGAAUGGUGCCCUAAAAAAGACGUUGUGGCCUUUCUGGAUAUUCAUGGCGAACUGCAGGUGUUGCGAGUCUGGGAAUUUGUUCGAAAAUGGUCGUCUGCAGAGACUGGAGAAGCCGACAUGGUUGUUUGGAAUCCAGAAGGAAUGUCCUUGACCACCAUCAAUAGUAAAUCUGGAUUAUUGACUACGUUUGAAGUCGAAGCGCAGCAAUCGCACUCUUUAACUCUUGAUCUUUGCUCUGGGGAGCAAAUAGCCAGUUGUAGAUGGGAAACUGCUCCUGCAUUCAAAAAUCGCACAAGCAUUCAACUGCUGAAUGCCAUUCCUCGAACCGACUCGCUUCAGAUAUCAUCGACUCUUGACAAUUCGCUUUCUCUUCUCACUCUCACUACAAACUUUGCUCGGACUAUUGUAAUUCUCAAUGGCUGCUUCAUUGUAUCAGACCUACCUGCAAGAGAUGAUGGAUUUGGUGGGCUAUUUUCGUGGAUAUCAUAUGACAAUAGAUCUGCAAUGACAUUGCAUUCCUUGAUCAAAGAGCACACUUCCAGUAUGGUAAAACUGGUAUCUUUUGCUUUCGAAAAUACUGCGUCCAUAUAUCCAGAUUUAGCCAAUGUGUCUGUGCUCAUGAAUCAACUGCGUCGACUAGUUGGCACAAUAAAUAGUCAUACCGAGGCUUUUCAAAACAACGCCGAUGCUUUUCAAGCCGCACAAUCCGAGUUGUCAUCUGAGAUUUCAACUGCCUUGAAAAUACACGGAAGUGAACCAUCUCCAGCAGAGUUUCUUAAAAAGCUAUUGCUUGGCUGCUCAACUAUCGAUAUUCUAUCUCAACUUGCGUCAGAUUCGCCAAAAAAGAAAUUAAAACGGGCGGCAAACAUUGCAUCAAUGUCAUACUCUAGUGCAAUUUUAGAUUACAUGUCCAUAAAAACAGCAGCGGAGAGUCUCAUUUAUGUUAUCAGUGAACUGCGUGGCAUUUCCUUGCGAUCGGCAUGGAGGCAAAGCAAAUCACAAAGCGAUAAACUUUUGAAAGUUACCGAGGCUGUCAUUGUGUUUAUAGAAAGACUUUCUAAAAUCAAACAAAAACUGGAUCAAGAUUCUACUGAAUUUGCAUUGUUUGUAAACUGGAUCUUGAAUGCUGCUGGUGAUUCUAACGGCGAGGAGGAAACCCCCGCGACUGGAAUGCAUCGGAUUAUUUUUCGCUAUUUUCAAAAUACUAUAAAAAAUCAAUCAGAUGAUUUGCCUAUUCAAACUCUUGUGCAUGAUAUUUCUCUUUUAUCACAGAUGGUCUUGAACCAAGAGCUACUUUGUCUGUAUCCAGAUACUUUGGAUAUUAAAACCAUCAUUCAUCAUAGUUAUGCUGUAGAUAUCAUUGCCAUCAACUGCUCUUAUUUUCUUUUUCAAACGCCAGAAUAUUGCAAUGGAAAAUCUGUUAAUAUUCUUUCGGCGCUGUUCUACAACUCAAUCCUACUAUUCUUGUUUGAGCACGAAAGCCUUAAUUACACAGAAAAUCAACCAAUGAGUAAUUACACUGUUGGGUAUGUGAAUAUAGCUGAUAUUUCACACGCUGAUCAUUGCCAAAAUUCCACAGAAAUCACAAAGAUCAAAAUAAUGUUUCUUUUCUCUUGUAAAAAUGAGACACCUCCAGUGGCCAUGCAGAUAAAUAGUGCACGCCAACUUUUAAGCGUGUGCUCUAAGCAGAGCGUCAUUGAAGUGCUUUCACUUGAAGAACUUGAUGAUAUAGGUUCUGUUGAUAUAUACGUUUGCGAUCUAGCUCAAGAGAGUAUCUCAAGAAUGCAAUGA